AUGGAUGACACCGACCCCAGCCUCGCAGCCACCCUCGCCAGGCUCGAGCAAGCCCAAGCGGCCCACACGGCCCUCCUCCAGUCCAUAAGCGCGCAGCAGGGAGCACUGGCGACGGCUCUCGACACGCCAAGCGCCGACGAGCACGAGCAAGGCAGGAUGGCGCGCGCGCUCGUCGCGGCGCUGGGGGGGAUCGUGACCGCGCAGGCGGGGCACGGCGGCGUCCUGCUGCAGCUGAUGGGCGACGUGCGGGCGCUCAUGCGCGCGGAGGGGGUCCCCACGGCGCUGACGCCGAUCGCGAGCGCCGCGCCGUCGACAGAACGCCCGCAGACCGUGGCGACGACGACGCCGCGCUACACGCCUUCUGCGCCGGUGGCGAGUCCGCCCCCGCCCGCGACCACCAGUGUCCCGGUCGUCACGCCGACGCCCGCGCAGCGCAAGGCCACCGCGCAGCGCAUGCUCGCCGCCAUCGCUGAUAUCGAGGCCGGCGAGCCAGCGCGCCGGACGGUGACGAUCACGCCGCGGCACGCGUCGACGCCGGGGCUGGUGACGAGCCCGCGCAAGCCGCCCCCCAAGCCCGCCGUCGUACCCAGCCUCAAGCCCGUCCCCGCACCCGCCCCCGCUCCCAACCCCGCGCCGAAGGCUGCCCCCGAACAGUCUCUCACGAUGGACCAGCUCAAGGCCGCGCAGGUCGCGCUGGACCGGCUGCGUCUCGCGCCAAGGCCGAACACUAUCGUCCGCAGCGGGGGCACGCCGCUCACAGCCAAGCACGGCACGCCGGCGCCCAAGACCAAGCCUGCGGCCACCACCCCGCCGAAGAGCAAGCCCGACGUCUCUGCCCUGGCACCCAAGACCAAGCAGGCCGCUGCGGCACCCAAACCCGCCAUGCCCACGCCCAAGACCAAGCCCAAGGGGGCCGCGACUGCACCGAAGGCCAAGUCCAAGCCCCCUCCCACCCCCGCCCCGCCCGCCGCUCCCGGCUACUGCGCGGCGUGGAACACGAAGCAGAACAUGUGCAAGGCCUUCUCGUGCCCCCUCCUGCACGAGUGUCACGUCUGUGGGCCUGCGGGGCGGCCGGCUACGCAUCGGUUCUUUGUGGGAUGUCCGUACCGUAAGAAGUGA